ACAUCACAGCACAGCUAUUGAUAAACUGGAUAUCUGCAGCUGUUAUAACUGAUUUCUACCCAGCCAGAGAAAUGAAGUUCGUCAGGUUUAUAAUGAAGAAUGCUGCGCUGGCCAAUGUGCCUCAUCACAUUGAACACUUCUCCAAAUUUUCACCUUCUCCGCUUUCAAUGAAACAGUUUCUUGAUUUUGGCUCUACAAAUGCAUGCGAGAAAACGUCUUUUGUUUUCUUGAGGCAAGAGUUGCCCGUUCGUCUGUCAAACAUCAUGAAAGAAAUCAACUUGCUCCCCAAAAGAUUACUUACCACACCUUCUGUGCAAAUGGUGCAUAGCUGGUAUAUUCAGAGUUUGAUGGAGAUUUUGGAAUUCCUGGAGAAAAGUCCCGAUGACCACAGUGUAUUAGAAGAGUUUGUCGCUGCUCUGGUAAACAUUCGCAACAGACACAAUGAUGUAGUACCCACAAUGGCCCAGGGUGUGAUUGAAUACAAAGAAGUAUUUGGUCAAGAUCCAGUCACUAAUCAGAAUAUCCAGUAUUUCCUGGACCGUUUCUACUUGAGCCGGAUAUCAAUCCGAAUGCUCAUCAACCAGCACACUCUUGUAUUUGAUGGUGCCACAAAUCCAGUUCACCCCAAUACCAUUGGCAGUAUAGACCCUCACUGUCAAGUGGCAGACGUUGUUAAAGAUGCAUAUGAAAGUGCCAGGAUGCUUUGUGAUCAAUACUACCUUAACUCACCUGACCUGGACCUUCAAGAACUCAACACUAAUAAUAGGAACCAGCCUAUUAGCAUAGUGUAUGUGCCUUCCCAUCUGUACCAUAUACUGUUUGAACUGUUCAAGAAUGCAAUGAGAGCAACCAUUGAGAACCAUAAAGAAGGCAGUAAUCUUCCAGCCAUUCAAGUCAUGGUGGCUGUAGGAGGCGAAGACCUCACUAUAAAGAUGAGUGACCGCGGUGGUGGAGUUCCUUUCAGGAAGAUGGAGAAUCUCUUCAGUUACAUGUACUCCACAGCACCAACACCGCAGAUGGAUGAGAAACAAAGGGCUCCUCUGGCUGGGUUUGGUUAUGGUUUGCCUAUUUCUCGACUCUAUGCCAAGUAUUUCCAGGGUGACCUCCAGCUCUACUCUAUGGAGGGCCAUGGCACUGAUGCAGUCAUUCACCUUAAGGCUUUAUCCACUGACUCUGUUGAGAGACUCCCAGUGUUUAAUAAGACUGCUCGACGAAAUUAUGAAGUCACACAGGGUGCAGAUGACUGGUGCGUACCCAGUCGAGAGCCUUUGGACCUGGCUGUGUUCAAACUGGCCAAAUGAAGAGCCUCCAGGAAGGAUAUAAGACCCUUCAGUGAGCGACUGACAUAAGUGAGUGGGGAUGGACACGAUGUUCUCAUGGCCGAAGCCCAGUUUUCCACUCACUGUGAAGCGGCGUAAUCUCUCAGCAAUACUCUAGAUGUCGCAUGCGAUGGUUUUUUCUAUGCACCAUGAUUGUAUCGUUUGUUUUCUUGGUUUGAGAAACUACUGUAGGCUUUAUCACAGCGUUACACGCAAACCAUACUAACUCUCAUGAAGCGGAACAACAAAGUGCCAGCUUUAUGCACUCAACUGACCUGUGUUAAGUGGAGGUUUCAGUGUGGAGAAGGCAGCCAAUCGGGCAGGUUUUGGGUUAGAGGAAAGGACGGUUUAGACUAGAUAUUGGAACUGGUUUGUUUCAAGGAACUUAAGAGUAAAUAAACUCAAAGACCCUGUUUAUAGCUGGUAUUGAAAUACAAUGUUGUUGAUUCUGAUCACAGGUAGGGUUUGCUUAGGAUUUUUGCAAUACUGGAGCCAAUUUGAUACUUUUAAAACUUUACUUUUUAAAAAAGACCUACCAAACAGUGCUGAUGACAUUUAAAAAAUGGUCUUUUCGUUAAAAAAAAUAUUCAAAUUUAACAAUUUAUAAAAGGUUUAAAAUAUAGUUAUUACUGUAAAACUAUUAGCAACUACAGAACACAGUAGAUUUAUAUGAAUUCACAAUAAAACCUAAGCCACCUAACUAAUAUUUUAAGACUAAAUAACAGUUGCUGCACUCAUAAAAGUGUAGAAAUCAGUAUUCUGGGUAUGAUGCAAAUCAAAUUUCAGCUAUUCUUCUUUUGGAUGAAGAAUAUGAUCGUAUUUUGAUUAUGAUGUUGAUUAUGACUAUAUUAUUAUUGACCGUAUUAUGACCAUAUUUUCCUUUUCUGACUGACUGCAUGUCUUGUCCUAUUAUGAUAUAAUUUAAAUCAAUCAAGGAUGCAGUAUACUUCACUAUAACUAUUAUAUUUUGACGGAAAAGCUUUCAGCGUGAUGUCAUGCCUUACAAGUAUCACUUUUUUUAGUAGGUGAUAUCAGUUAUUCCCUUCAGGCUUCAAUAACCAUAUGCAAUGACAAAUGCAUGUAUGAUCUCACAAAGAAACGUAACUAUUUUUGCAUAUUCAUACAAAUUCAUAUGAUUUAAUGUGUAUGAAAAUGCUCUUGAUUUUUGAAAGAAAACGUGCAUCCCAUUUUCAACAAAACUGCAUCUUAAUACCAUGUAUAAACAUUACUAGAAGUACAGUAGGAUAGGGCCAAGAUGAGGAAAUAAGUCAAUAUGCAACCACGGAUGGAUCAUUUAUAUAAAAGUAUACUUAAAAACAUGUUGCACAGACUUAGUAAUGUUGAAAUCAAGGAACACUUGUAAUUCAGUGACUGCUAACACAGCAGUUUCCAUACUCAAAAGCUGAAAGAAAGAUGAUCGGAGGCCAUAUUUGUAGCUGUAUUUUCUGUGUGGCCAAAUGUCAAUGUGAUCCAUGGUAUUUCUCUUAAAGGGACAGUUCACCCAGAAAAUGAGAGUUCUGUUAUUAUUUUCUGACCCUACACUUGUUUCAAGCCUAUACAGUAUGAGUUUGAAAGACAGUAUUAAUGAUAUUAUUUUAAUAAUGGCUAAUAUCGAUUGGUUUCCACACUGUAAAAUGGGAUUUAAAAAGUGAGUUAACCCAUUGCCUUAAAAUCAACAAGUUGACUACUAUAAAAAAGUGAGUAAACCUGUUGAACUUGUAACUGUUAAGUUGGCUUAACUUAAUUUUUAGAAUUAUUGUCAUUAUUCAUUUUCUUCAUAAUUUUAGGGAAACUAAUCGCUUUUUACAGAGCAAUAAUUUUCAGAAUGUUUUAUAUUCAGCACUGGAAAUAAAGUCAUACAGAUUUUGAACAACUGGGGAAAGUAAAUGUAAGUACUUUUUCAUUUUUUGGUGAACUAUCUCUUUAAUUAAAAUGUGUUUAGAACCGGAUUGAAUGUACUGUACAGAUAAUCUCAUUGAUGUAAACUUGAAACACUUAUAAAUUAUGCACGGAGCAUUUCAAACAGUCUUUGGUGCUUUAAUGUUUAUUCUUAAACGUGCUGAAGCAUUUUAGAUACCUCAUCGACUGAAGUUAGCUUGUGCACUCAGAGAAUUUUGCGUCCUUCAGUUUUGCGGGCCUUCAGUUGCUAGUUUCUUCAAAUAGCACACAGCAUGAAAUUAGAGCUGCUAAUUUUAAGCCUUCUCCUUGGAGAGCAUGCCUACUGUAUUAAAUCAACCAUCGGCUUUCAGCUUGCACCACAUAACCUUACAUGUAAGGACCAUAUUUUGUGUUUAUAUUUAUUUUUGUUGUUGUUUUGUUAUUCCUGAAAAAAAAUCUAAAUCUUAUUUUUGUAAAAGUUUUCCAGACAAACUAAAUGAUGUCUAUAUAAAGAGAAAUAAACACACUUUUGUGUCAAGUUUA